AUGUCCUCCUCUCUGUCACUCCCCCCCAAUUACCAACUUCACGAAGGCUACCCCGCAGUCGCAGACUAUCUCCAUCUCCGCGCUACCUCGGGUCUCAGCCCCAAAACGGCCGCUCAAGGUGCAGCUGUGGCCAACGGAAGCUGGUAUGGCUGCUACGUGACAUAUACCGACAAAGACUCGGGGGCGUCCACCCCCGUCGGCAUGGGCCGCAUCAUCGGUGAUGGCGGGUGGUAUUUCCACAUCGCCGACAUGGCAGUUCUGCCUGAUCACCAACGACGGGGAUUGGGAGAUGUCAUUCUCAAAACACUCCUGGCGAAGAUCCGGGAAGAGGCUCCCGAGGGGAAUCCGUAUGUGAAUCUCUUUGCUGAUCCACCGGGAAGAAGACUAUAUGCAAAGAACGGGUUUGUGGAAGGGGCACCGAAAGAAAUGGGGAUGGUGAUGGUUAUGGAUAGAAGUGAUCAGCGUGGUCAAUGA